GCAGGAUCUAGGGUUAGAGUUAAUGUAGAAGUAGGAUGUACCUACUGAAAGUCUUAACCCCUCCUCUUCAGUCAAAGGAUAUCUUUAUUGUAUCAACUAUCACUCUGACAUAUUCACUCUGGACAAGCAAGAAUGAACCACAAGAAAGAAAAGAAAAAGGGCAAAGACAAUUUCAGUGUUGAAGAGUUUAACAGCAUCAGCCGCUGUUUUCAGGAGACAAGGUCUGCCUUAAUAAAGGGAGAUAAAACACUGGAAUCACUCUCAAAAAGCAAAUGUGAGAACAUACGAUCUGCUCCCCAAAAGUCUUCAGCUUUCCUCUCCCUCAUCUGUGGGGCAAGUACAUUGGGUUCAACUGGCGACCACAGUUACAGGAGAACUGAAGAUGUGAAAAAAGAUAACUCAAGAACUUCCUUGAUUGAAUCUAUUCAAGAACAGCACAGAAUAAUAAGGUCUGCUGUAGAACAUGGGGAGAAAUCCCUGAUUUCACUUCAAGAAAGGAUGGUGAAUACUCAGGAAGCACUUGAAAUAACAAGACGUGCUGCAGAUGAUAAAGAUGAAGAAUUGAAAUCAUUUAAAGACAGAGUAGCAGAGGAUUUUGCUUCUUCAAUACAAACAGGAAAAGCCAUCAACCUUAACAAUCCUGUUAGUAAACCAAGGCUAAUAGAAUUAUAUGACGAACUGAGAUUCAACUGGAAAAAUUUUAAAACGGAUCUGAUAUCAAAACGGGGAAGUCCAAAAAGUGUCAUAAAACUGAUACAGCAAAAGUUUAUGGAAGCAAAAGCUGACAUGGAAAAAAAGAGGAAGGAGAUAGAAGACGUAUUUGGACUGAAUACACCUAAAAGAGAUCCAGCACCUUUGAAGGUUAAAGAGUACUGUCAGCUGAGUAUUCAGAAUCUGCAACGGGCUAUCUACAGUGAGAAACAAGAGGGUUUAAAGUAUCCUACACUUGUACAUAAACAAGAAACCCUUGAGGAUGUGAUGAAUCGUUUGGGCAGUGAGUGCUACUGGUUGGGCCGUCUGAUGGCUCUGAAUUAUCCUCCUCUUGAACCUGAUUGGGAGAAUCCCACCCAAACAUUGGAAAUGUGGAACAUUCUCCCUCAAUGCAUCACUGAGUCUCAAAAGAAUGAACAAGACAUAACUUAUAUUUGAAAGCCUUGAAUUUUCACAAGUUAAAGAAUGCUAUAUAGUUUACCUGCUUGAAAUUAUGCAAGAUGCUUUACCAUUUGUUUGUGUAAAAUGCUAGAUUACUUGUCAACUUUACUGAAUUAAAAAUUAUAAAGUAUGAAAUA